UUUGUAUACCAUAAUAACUUGGAAAUGACUUCAUUAAACAACAAUACCAAUUCGUCUUAUAUGUUCCAAGAACAUACAAACAUUUCAACUUGUUAUUUCAUUUUAAAUUAUACAAAUUGGAAGAUUACAAAUAAUAUUAUAACAAGUUGUUUAACAUUAGCUACAAUGAUUAUAUUUUUUGGUAAUCUACUUAUUAUUUUAUGUGUAGCAACUAGAAAUAAACUUAGACGAAUUUGUGAUCAAUAUAUAGCUUCAUUAGCAUUAGCUGACUUUCUUGUAUCUGUUUUUGUUUUACCAUUUGCAAUUAUACGUCAAAAUAUUGGUUAUUGGCCAUUUGAAUCAGCAAUUUUAUGCCAAUUUUAUAUUACCUCUGAUAUAUUUUUGUGUAUGUCAUCUAUAUUUAAUUUAUGUUGUAUAUCAAUCGAUCGAUAUAUUGCAAUUGGUUAUCCAUUACAAUAUAUUACAAAAAAAUCACGUCGAAUAUCAAUUAUAAUGAUACUAAUAGCAUGGAUUAUACCAAGUUUUUCUAUAUUACCACCAUUAUUUGGAGUAGAUAAACAUAUAACUGGAAUUGGUUGUUGUUAUAUAAGUUAUAGUAAAGAAUAUAGAAUCUAUUCAUCAGUAUUAGCAUACUUUCUACCUAUAAUCUUGAUUGGUUAUGUACAUUUAAGAAUAUUUUAUAUAAUUAAAAGACGUUCAAAAGUAUUUAAUCAAUUUGAAAUUCAUUCACAAAAACAAAAUAGUUGGAAUAAUUUAUCAAAUUUAAUAUCAUCGUUAAAUUGUGCCAAAAUAUCACUUCGAUUAAAAAUUACUAAUCAUAUAUCAAGACAAUGUAUAAAAACAAAUAAUAAAUUGAAUAAUGAUAUAUCUUUACUUCAUUUAAAUAAUACUAAUAGUAAUGAUUAUGAUGUAAUAGAUACAUUUUCAUAUACAUGUAGUUGUACAAAUUAUGGUACUGAUAGUAUAGAUAUAUAUCAUACAAAUAAAAUGGAUUUACAUUAUGAUCUAUCUAAUGAAUUAGAAAUUAAUGAACCAGAACCUGUUGAUUCCAAAUUAAAAGUUUUACAUAUAUUUCAUAUACCUAUAACAGAACAUGAAUUAAUUGAUGAAUUACAAUUCAAGAAAAUUUAUCAAAUAAACAUCAUUCAUCAAGAAAUCGAUGUUUCCAUGGAAUCAGUUCAAGUUUUUUUAAAAUGUAUCAAUAUAUAAAAUCAAUAUUUUAUUUAUCGAACUUUCAUGAUUUACAUAAACAUAAAAAUCUAUCAUUAUUACAUAAUAAAUUUGUUUAUAAAGGAAAACAUAAAAAAAUUCUAAAAACACAACAAUUAUAUGAAAAAUUUAUAUUUAAUAGAGAACAAAAAACAGUUCGAACUGUUACUAUAGUAAUAGGAUGUUUUACUAUAUGUUGGACACCAUUUUUUAUAUUUUAUUUAAGUGAAGCAUUAUGUGAUUGUACAUUUUCAG